CCCGGCCUCGGCGGCGGCGGCGGCGGCGGCGCCCGGCCCCCUCCCCCGGCGCCGGCCAAGUGAGGCGGUGAUGCGGGCGCUGGCGGCCCCGGCUGCGCCGAGAGCUGAGACACAGGCUCAAGAUGGCAGAUUCCGACUGAGGCUGGGGGGGCCGAGCUCGCGCGCCGCGUUCCCUUCUCCGUUGCCAUGAACCGCGGACACCCCGGCCCCGAUGGCCCCCGUGUACGAAGGUAUGGCCUCACAUGUGCAAGUCUUCUCCCCUCACACCCUUCAAUCAAGUGCCUUCUGUAGUGUGAAGAAACUGAAAGUGGAGCCGAGUUCCGCCUGGGACAUGACUGGGUACGGCUCCCACAGCAAAGUGUACAGCCAGAGCAAGAACAUCCCGCCUUCUCAGCCAGCCACCACAACCGUCAGCACCUCCUUGCCGAUCCCAAACCCAAGCCUACCUUACGAGCAGACCAUCAUCUUCCCAGGAAGCACCGGGCACAUAGUCGUAACAUCAGCAAGUAGCACUUCUGUCACCGGGCAAGUCCUCGGCGGACCACACAACCUGAUGCGUCGCAGCACUGUGAGCCUUCUCGAUACCUACCAAAAAUGUGGACUCAAGCGUAAGAGUGAGGAGAUUGAGAACACGAGCAGCGUGCAGAUCAUCGAAGAGCAUCCACCCAUGAUUCAGAAUAAUGCCAGUGGGGCCACUGUAGCCACUGCCACCACAUCGACUGCCACCUCCAAAAACAGUGGCUCCAACAGCGAGGGUGAUUACCAGCUGGUCCAGCAUGAGGUGCUGUGUUCCAUGACCAACACUUAUGAAGUUUUAGAAUUCCUGGGCCGAGGGACGUUUGGGCAAGUGGUCAAGUGCUGGAAACGGGGCACCAAUGAGAUCGUGGCCAUCAAAAUCCUGAAGAACCACCCGUCGUAUGCCCGGCAGGGUCAGAUCGAGGUGAGCAUCCUGGCCCGCUUGAGCACAGAGAGCGCCGACGACUACAACUUUGUCCGCGCCUACGAGUGUUUCCAGCACAAGAACCACACGUGCUUGGUCUUUGAGAUGUUGGAGCAGAACCUCUAUGACUUUCUGAAGCAGAACAAGUUCAGCCCCUUGCCCCUCAAGUACAUCCGCCCAGUCCUCCAGCAGGUAGCCACAGCCCUGAUGAAGCUGAAAAGCCUCGGUCUCAUCCAUGCCGACCUCAAACCGGAAAACAUCAUGCUGGUAGAUCCGUCUAGGCAGCCGUACAGAGUGAAGGUCAUCGACUUCGGUUCGGCCAGUCACGUGUCCAAGGCUGUGUGUUCCACCUACCUGCAGUCCAGAUACUACAGGGCCCCUGAAAUCAUCCUUGGUCUACCAUUUUGUGAGGCAAUUGAUAUGUGGUCCCUGGGCUGUGUCAUUGCUGAGCUGUUCCUGGGCUGGCCGCUCUAUCCAGGAGCUUCUGAGUAUGAUCAGAUUCGGUAUAUUUCACAAACACAGGGUCUGCCAGCUGAAUAUUUAUUAAGUGCAGGGACAAAGACAACUAGGUUUUUCAACCGUGACACAGACUCACCGUAUCCUUUGUGGAGGCUGAAGACACCAGAUGACCAUGAAGCAGAGACGGGGAUUAAGUCGAAAGAAGCAAGAAAGUACAUUUUCAACUGUUUAGAUGAUAUGGCCCAGGUGAACAUGACAACGGAUUUGGAAGGGAGUGACAUGUUGGUGGAGAAGGCAGACCGGCGGGAGUUCAUCGACCUGUUAAAGAAGAUGCUGACCAUAGAUGCUGAUAAGAGAAUCACUCCAAUUGAAACCCUGAACCACCCCUUUGUCACCAUGACGCACCUACUCGAUUUUCCCCACAGCACACACGUCAAAUCAUGUUUCCAGAACAUGGAGAUUUGCAAGCGUCGGGUGAAUAUGUAUGACACCGUGAACCAGAGCAAGACCCCUUUCAUCACGCAUGUGGCCCCCAGCACGUCCACCAACCUGACCAUGACUUUCAACAACCAGCUGAACACUGUCCACAACCAGGCUCCCACCUCCACCAGUGCCACUAUUUCCUUAGCCAAUCCCGAAGUCUCCAUACUAAACUACCAAUCUGCACUCUACCAGCCCUCAGCGGCGUCCAUGGCUGCAGUGGCCCAGCGGAGCCUGCCCCUGCAGACGGGAACAGCCCAGAUCUGUGCCCGGCCUGACCCCUUCCAGCAAGCUCUCAUCGUGUGUCCGCCCGGCUUCCAAGGGCUGCAGGCCUCUCCCUCUAAGCACGCUGGCUAUUCCGUGCGAAUGGAGAAUGCGGUUCCCCUCGUCACUCAAGCCCCAGGAGCACAGCCCCUUCAGAUCCAACCAGGUCUGCUGGCCCAGCAGGCCUGGCCAAGUGGGACCCAGCAAAUCCUGCUUCCCCCAGCAUGGCAGCAGCUGACCGGAGUGGCCACCCACACAUCAGUGCAGCACGCGACUGUGAUUCCCGAGACCAUGGCAGGCACCCAGCAGUUGGCCGACUGGAGGAACACCCACGCUCACGGCAGCCAUUACAAUCCCAUCAUGCAGCAGCCUGCGCUAUUGACUGGUCAUGUGACCCUUCCAGCAGCCCAGCCCUUAAAUGUAGGCGUGGCCCACGUGAUGCGGCAGCAGCCAACCAGCACCACCUCCUCCCGGAAGAGUAAGCAGCACCAGUCCUCUGCAAGAAACGUCUCCACCUGUGAGGUGUCCUCCUCGCAGGCCAUCAGCUCCCCUCAGCGGUCCAAGCGCGUCAAGGAGAACACGCCUCCGCGCUGCGCCCUGGUGCACAGCAGUCCCGCCUGCAGCUCCUCCGUCACGUGCGGGUGGGGCGACGGGGCGUCCAGCACCACCAGGGAGCGGCAGCGGCAGACGAUCGUCAUUCCCGACACCCCCAGCCCCACGGUCAGCGUCAUCACCAUCAGCAGCGACACGGACGAGGAGGAGGAACAGAAGCAUGCGCCCACCAGCACUGUCUCCAAGCAGAGAAAAAACGUCAUCAGUUGUGUCACGGUCCACGACUCUCCCUACUCCGACUCCUCCAGCAACACCAGCCCCUACUCCGUGCAGCACCGCACUGGGCACCACGCCAACACCUUUGACACCAAGGGGAGCCUGGAGAAUCACUGCACUGGGAACCCCCGGACUAUCAUCGUGCCACCCCUAAAAACCCAGGCCAGCGAAGUGUUGGUGGAAUGUGAUAGCCUGGGGCCAGUCAACACUGGCCAGCACUCGUCCUACAAGUCCAAGUCCUCCAGCAACGUGACCUCCACCAGCGGUCACUCUUCAGGGAGCUCGUCCGGAGCCAUCGCCUACCGGCAACAGCGGCCGGGACCGCAUUUCCAGCAGCAGCAGCCUCUCAAUCUCAGCCAGGCUCAGCAGCACAUCACCGCAGAGCGCGCCGGGAGCCACCGCCGGCAGCAGGCCUACAUCACUCCCACGAUGGCUCAGGCCCCGUACUCCUUCCCGCACAGCAGCCCCAGCCACGGCACUGUGCACCCCCACCUGGCCGCAGCUGCCGCCGCAGCCCACCUCCCCACCCAGCCCCACCUCUACACCUACACGGCGCCCGCGGCCUUGGGCUCCACCGGCACCGUGGCCCAUCUGGUGGCCUCCCAAGGCUCAGCACGGCACACCGUGCAGCACACUGCCUACCCGGCCAGCAUCGUCCAUCAGGUCCCCGUGAGCAUGGGCCCCCGGGUCCUGCCCUCGCCCACCAUCCACCCGAGUCAGUAUCCAGCCCAGUUUGCCCACCAGACCUACAUCAGCGCCUCUCCAGCCUCCACCGUCUACACUGGAUACCCACUGAGCCCCGCCAAGGUCAACCAGUACCCUUACAUAUAAACACUGGAAGGGGAGGGGAGGGGAGGGAGGAUGGCCAGAGGGGAGGAGGGAGGAGGGGUGAGGUGGGAGCCGGGCUUUUUAUACUGA